CGUGUUAGAAAGGCAUCACUUCCGAUUCGCACUUUUUCCUGUCUCUUUGGCUAUGGCCGCAGUGGGGCUGUCAGACGCAGAAUUGCGGGCGGAACUGUUGGCUCUGGGUUACCAGUCGGGGCCUAUCACUGAUUCCACUCGCAAGCUUUACGCCAAGAAGCUCACCCGCCUGCGGGCUGAGGUGGCUGCAGGGCAGCGGAGCCGCAGUAAUCGGGCGCAGCCUCAGGGCUUUAGCGGCCCCGCGAGGCCGAAGCCGGCUGCCAGUGGCAGUCCAAAAAUAACUCUGCGGGCCCGCGUCCUGGUUAGUAGAGAGAGUGAAGAUGAAGAGGGCGAAGGCGAGGAAGAAGAGGUGGGCGAUGGGAGUUUCCAGCCUCCUCGCAGGGACGCAGCAUCGUCGAGCAAAGUGCUGCCUCAGAGAAACCACUGGUGGACAGAGAGUGGGGUAGCUUCCGGGGGGAGCCCGCUGGCGGCAGAAGUGAGGGUGGUCCCUGGCAGCUCUUUGGCGGGAAGUGGUGGAUUAACCCCAAAGAGGACCCGACUGGAGACGGGAGGAGGGUUGACAUCUCCUUAUUCCAGAGACACCCCAGACAGGUUCCCUUCCAGCAGCCAGUAUGGAGCGACAUCGCCAGGAGGAGGGGGGCUACGUUCUAGCAGAUGGUGGGAGAGGGAGCAGAGCACGACCCCCGGCGCCCCCUGGGGAUCAAUCACGGGAGGAAGCGGUACAGGCGUCAGUAAUAGGGCCUAUUUAGAGAAAGAAAGGGGGAUAACUCCCAGCUCCUAUUCGGGAUCAGGCAGAGAGGGGUUAAGCUAUAGAACCCCAUGGACAGUGGAGAGAGAAGCAGGCCUAUCUUGUAGAAGUUCCAAAACCCAGUUGAGUACAGGAAGAGAAUUAAGACACAGUGCCCGCUGGGAUAGCGCACAUAGAAACCUAGGUUUGAAAUCUAAAACUCAGGGCACGGGACGAAAGGACAGGGGCCUGGAAUUUUACCUGUCCUGGUUCUUGUGGCUGGCAACCUUAGGGCUGCUGGUAAUUUUCCUGGGCAUCCUUUGGGUGAAGAUGAUGGGACCUGCCCGACUACAAGGGGGUGAGGACUUGAAGCUGUUGUCCAUGGAUUGUUCAGAAAGGACAAAUGAUUUCUGUCAAGCAAAACAGGAAGAAAGAAUAAUGAGCAUACUAUUUGAGUUAUAUAAUUACCUUGCAGUACAAGCUGGCAAAUUUGAGUGUGGAAAUACUGAGAAUCUAGAAAGUAAAUGCAUUCAAGUUGAAGAAGCAAGAGAUUAUAUAGAGAAUGUGACUGGCAGCUCUACAGAGAAGUUCAAGGACGCCUUGCAGUGGUUACUGGAUAAUCAGAAGGAUUCAGGCAUAUGGUUAAAAGGUGAUAAUCCUUCAGAAGAAGUUACUUCUGUGGACCAGGUGGUUUGUCUUGAGUCUGUACGUCCAAGAAUGAGUUUAGGAUGCCGUUUCCACCGAGCGCUAUGCACAGCCAUUACAAACCUAUUUAUAUUCUUUUGGAGUCUAGCUUUCCUUUGGGGGAUUUUGAUUCUCUUGAAGUAUUACUGGCGGAAAAGAGAAGAGGAAGAGCGGGCCAUGUAUGAAAUGGUGCAGAAAAUCAUAGCUGCUGUCCAGAAUCACUACAAAGAGUGGGAGCAGAAUCUGGAACGGUACCCCUAUGUUGGCAUCCUGCACAUCAGAGACACACUCAUCCCACCACAGGACAGGAAAACGAUGAAACGAGUUUGGGACCGAGCAGUGGAUUUCUUAGCUUCCAAUGAAUCACGGAUUCAGACUGAGUCGCACAGAGUAGCAGGAGAGGAUAUGCUAGUGUGGCGUUGGACACAGCCUUCUUACUUCUCUGAUUCAGAGCACUAGCCCUAAAGAAUGGCCAGAAUGGCAUUACAAUACUGUGCAGGGGUGAUUUGCUCCCUUCUGGGUAGGGAAAGUGCUGGCUCUACUCAGGUGUGCUCUUUGACACCAUUGUUCAUGUGUAAGAGAGGGAAGAAUGACUAUUCAAGGCAAUCCUUUGUCAGUAGUGACUGUAAACUGGAUAUACAGAUGCACACCAAAGUUACCUUUUUCUGGCAUGUAUUUGGCUUCCCUUGUACAGCCCUCUGAAAAAGGAAAUUGUCCAGUUGGAAGAUGCAGUGGAUCGUUUUACCCUGUGUUUUGGGGGAGAAACUGUAUCUGAUUUGCCACUUGGAUCAUCAGUGCUAAAACUAUUACGAGGUACUUUAAAAGAAUGAGCAGCUGUUUAUUACAGAACUGUCAUGGGGAGAAACUGAGGUGUGUAAGGUAUGUUUAUGCUUGCCAGUAGACCCAAAAUUGCCUGCUUGUAGGGUGAGAGGUGAGACUGAGAGGGUAUGUUCCAUGUGCCUUUUGUGGGUAGGUUGGAAAAAUGGGAGGGGCUUUAGCAAUCUGAAGUCUUUGUGCUCCCCCUGCCCUCCUUAGGAGGUGGUAGAAUAAUGUCAGCUCAGAGAAAACACCUGAAAACAUAUUUGUAAAAACAGUAGAAAGCCUGCAGUUAAAAAAAAACAAAACAAAGACUUGAAAAAAUGGUUUAUGGGAGAACCCUGGAAAGCAACAGCCAUAAUCUUUCAUAUGUAAUCCACGUGUGUUACUCUAGAUAACAAAUUGAAGUGGCUGCAGAAGUGUCACAGAAAUCAAGAGCACUGCAAUGAGUGGAAUGCUGCACUCUAGCAAUACUAUAACCUGUUUUGUGCAUAUUCCAUUUUGACUGCCCCAGUUAAGUGUAUGUUUGUGUAUUUUAAGAAAAAAUAUUGCACCAGAAUCCCUUGUAACAUCAGAGAGUCCAUCAUUCAAAUACAUGUCAUUCCAGUACUGACUCUGGGCUUGCUCCAGCCCUCUAUCCAGUGGGUGUUGUGGACAGAAUAUAGUAUGAAUUCAUAGUAAUAUAUGCACUUAUGAGUCUCUGGAGGCAAAUUGGGUUGAGGUUUUAUGCUUUUUCUGGUUUUGAAGAAGAAUAUUAAUUCGUUUAACAAGCAGAAGUAGCCCAAACUUAAAGUUUGCCCUUCUGCUCCCCCUACUGGCUAUACUGCAACAUUGAAGAGUUGGCGUUUUUCGCCUAGACGUCCUUCGAGGCUGUCUCAGCCAUGCAGCAAUUCAUUAUAAGCCUCCUGCUGAUUCAUCAACCAGAAUUGAUAUAAAGAAAAGCAGCCUCCAAAAACAAAGCACCAGGAGGUCUUAUUGGUACAGAAAAUCCUGUAUUCAAUUGAAUUUUAUCCCCCCAUGUUGCCAUCUGUAGAGUAGGCAGUAUAUUAGAGAAAGAGAUUUUAACAGAUGUCUCCAUGGCAUUAGCCAUCACUUUACACAUACUCUCCUUAUUGAUCAAAGCGGAUAAUCAAGUGAAGGAAAGCCCUGGCGUUUAAUGUGUUCUUAAUUUCUGCUGAUGUUUGAAAAAAUUUCCACAGUGCCUGCAUUCUUAGGACUUUAAAAUGUUUGUGGGUAUUUUCUACCAUCUGACUCAAGAGGAGGUGCCAAACAUGACUAUUUUGUACAGUUGUUUAAACUGUUGGUUUUUUAUGUAGAUGGGCUGGUGCUAUUUAUUUUACACUCAUCCCUGUACAUUUAUCUUGCAAAAUAAAAAGUUUGUUACAAA